AUGAGCAAAAUUUGCAUAUCAAACUGUGUUAAAGAUGCAAGAAUUCCUGUGAGGGCCACCUAUGUCAACCUCUACAAGUGGCCGGAAUCUGAUGCCGAGUUUGUGAAGUCAGUGGGUGCCAUCGACGUGGACGGAGGAUCACGGUUGCGGUCCAGGGUGGUGGAUAGCAUCUCAUGCAGGCAAAUGUAUCUCAGGAGCUAUACAUUUUCCAGGAAAGAGACAGUGCCGGAGAGGACCAAGAAGUGUUUCGGAAGGGUCAAAGAGAGGGUGGCUGGAAGAGGGAAGAAGCGAAAAUUCCGGCCGCGCAGGCGGAGGCGGAGCCGCCGCCGCCGCCUGGUGGUGAGGAAAGUGAAGGAAUUAUCAUGCGCAGCACUGCGUGCCAUUUUCCGGAGGUUGCUAUCUUGA